ACAAGCGGUUGCUGAUGCUGAAGCCGAGCGUCACUUCGGCUCCCACGGCAGACAUGGCGACAUUGACAGUGGUCCAGCCGCUCACUCUGGACAGAGAUGUUGCCAGAGCAAUUGAAUUAUUGGAAAAACUACAGGAAUCUGGAGAAGUACCAGUGCACAAGCUACAAUCCCUCAAAAAAGUGCUUCAGAGUGAGUUUUGUACUGCUAUUCGAGAGGUGUAUCAAUAUAUGCAUGAAACGAUAACUGUUAAUGGCUGUCCUGAAUUCCGUGCCAGGGCCACAGCAAAGGCAACAGUUGCAGCUUUUGCAGCUAGUGAAGGCCACUCCCACCCUCGGGUAGUCGAACUGCCAAAGACUGAUGAAGGCCUUGGUUUUAACGUGAUGGGAGGAAAGGAGCAAAAUUCCCCCAUUUAUAUCUCUCGCAUCAUUCCUGGAGGGGUGGCUGAAAGACACGGAGGCCUCAAAAGGGGAGACCAGCUGCUAUCAGUGAACGGAGUGAGCGUGGAAGGCGAGCACCACGAGAAAGCUGUGGAACUGCUCAAGGCUGCCAAAGACAGCGUCAAGCUGGUGGUCCGGUACACCCCAAAAGUCCUGGAAGAAAUGGAGGCGCGCUUCGAAAAGCUCCGGACCGCCCGGCGCCGACAGCAGCAACAACAGCAGCGGCAGCAACAAACACAGCAGAACCACAUGGCCUAGGCAUUUCAUCUGCCAACAUCAGAUAGUCUGGAGUUCUAUAAAUUGUCCUUGCUCUCCUUUGGAAGAGACAGUUAAUAGCAUAACACACCUCUCCGCUAUGAUGUCUGCAAAUGGGAUUUUGAAGGGAGGCUCAGAUGUUCUUGGGAAAAUGACAAUGGGUAGUGGUGGUUUUAUCAGACUACUAUUUGCACAACCAGAAACACUGGAUAUGACAUGAGACUUUCAAUGGUUUGUGACACUCACAAAAAGGAGAAGCUACGUGGGGAAGUAUAAAGACUCCAGGAUUUGUCCUCAGACACUGCUGAGAAUUCAGCUAUCUUUCUUUCAUAGCUUGUGAGUUUUUAUUGUAUAUAUCCCAUAGUUGGGUGACUUCAUCUAAAAUCACCUUCCAUUCACUCUAAAAACUACAUUUAUUCAACAGUAAGGAUCUAUUUGGUACUGCCAUGGGCUCGACACUGUUCAGUGGGCGGUAGAAACAGCCUGAGCAAAGCAAAGUCCUUGCGCUCAUGGUGCUUACAUCCUGGUUGGAGGAGAUAGUUAAUAUCCAGGUAAAUGAAAAUAACCUAUUGGGACCAGUACUUCACAGAGUUAAAAUCGAGUGCUCUGAUAGACACUGGCUAGGUGACAACCUUCUAUUAGGUGAUCAGGGGAGACGUCUCAAAGGAGAUGACGUGUAAGGUGGGUUGAAUGCUGAGGAGAAGCCAGAAAUGAGAAGAAGAAGAAGAGGAACUAGCCAGUGCCUAGCUCUAAGAGAGACAUGAGCCACUUGAUGUUUGAGGAAUAGAAAGAAAGCUGGGGUAGUUAGUUAGGAAAUAAUGAGGAAGGACAGAGAGAUAGAUGGGGGCCAGGUCACAGAAAGCUUUUUAAAUCACUGAGGGAAGUUAGAUUUUAUUGCAGUGGAAGCCACCAAAGGUUUUAAGCAAGGGACUGACAUCUGAUUUAUGUUUUAAAAAAGAUCACUCGUGCUGUUCUGAGGAAAACAGAUUAUUGCAAGGUAAAAGUGAGAGCAGAGACUAAUUAGAAGGCUGUUAUAGAGUAGUCCAGGCAAGCGAUAUGGUGGUUGGACUAGGAGGAUAGGGUUGGGAUGGAGUGAUAAGGAUGCAUCUGGACAAGUCAUUUUGCCCACAUCUUUCUCCUCUCUAAUCCAUUCUGAAUACAAAGGUACUUUACCUCACUCAGUACUGUCAGAAUCCCUUCAAAGGUCUAAUAACAAUCCAUAGUUCUUUAGUAGAACAUGGAACUCUUUCCACUAACUCAUUUUUGUCUUCCAUCCUCAAUAAUGUGAACUUGUACUGUUUUCCUAAUUGAUUUGCCACACUGGCCCACAGUAAAAUUAUUCUAAAGUGUUUUGAAAGAAAUGUGUUGCCAUGCAGACUUCUGAGGUCUUACUAAAAGCUUCCACUCUUCUACCCAUUCAGUCAUCUUUGGAAGGAUACUAUUUGGCCAUCAGUAUUUGCUGGGCCGUGCACUCCAUUUCAUUUCUCUGCUCCAUCAGUCUUCAUUAAAUCACUUCAGAAUUUCCUAUUGUCUCAUCGCCAAAGACUAACAUUUUUUAAUAAAAGACGUUUACAAACAGUUUUUUUUUCUUGUAGAGGGUACGGGAAAGUUCUGUUUAAAUGAGCAUGCAAUUUAUAUUUAUGCCUGCCAAGACAGCCAUCGCUACACACACGCUCGUGGCCUUUUGGGAGGCCAAUGCCUGUAGCGGCCAUUCCAAGUACGAGCGACGUCGUACCGAGUCAGGUCAUCCACGGAUUUUAUGGUGAAUUCAGUCAAAGAGACCUACAUUAGCUCUUGUUCAACUCUUAAUUAAUUAAAAUUUUAAGGAUUAAAUGGGAUUUGCUACACUUCCUAACUCAUACUAUGGUUGCUUUGGGGAAGAAAUUUGAAGCUAAUUUGGUGUGUGGAGACUUAUCUCUUAUGCCCACUUUUAAUUUCAAACUCGCCUGAAAUAAAACUCAAUUGUCUUUUCCCCUAACUUCCAUGUGUGAUACUCAGGAGUAGAUUACAUUUUCUGAAAGGUAAUAGAGAUGAUCACUAUACAACCGAAUUAUAGAAACCUAAACAGAGGUUAGGAGUAUGGCUAUUUUUAUGCUAUCCCCACUUUCUUGACAAAGAGCAUUACAUUUAUUCAGCUUAAGGCAUCUUAUUUUUUAAAUCGUGAUUUUAUAGACUUCCAUAUUUCACCCAGAUUCUCAAAGAAUAAAAGGAGGAAGGAAGAGGAAUCCUUCCUGAGUUGUCAACAUUCUGAGGAAGUCAAGACUAAAAGAUUGUCAAAUUUCUCUGACCUAUUGCUGCAUUGACAGCGGAGAAUUCACUGCAUUUGAAACCAGGCUGGAUCGUCAAAGAUUUACAAAGUAGCUGGAGUUUAGCAGUGGCCUCACCAACUGUCAGGCCCCCGUUUCCCUUCCCUUGUCCGCUCCCGACUGUUCUGGCCUCCCACGACCACUGCCACAGCCGCCGUCCUUCGGGUCCGAUCCCGGGAACCACUGCAGAACUGAGGAAACCAGCCUCAAAGGACGACUCUGAUAAGCUUGAAUCCAAGGAACCCAGAG